CUAUUUCACUUUCUAGGAAAAACACCAACUGCUCCAAAAGAAUGUGUUUUUCUCCCAUUCUGGAAGUCAACAUGCAGUCUGAAUCUAACAUUACAGUGCGAGAUGGCACUGAUGACAUCAACACCAACAUGUACCAACCACUGUCAUAUCCAUUAAGCUUUCAAGUGUCUCUCACUGGAUUUCUUAUGUUAGAAAUUGUGUUGGGACUUGGCAGCAACCUCACCGUACUGGUACUUUACUGCAUGAAAUCCAACUUAAUCAACUCGGUCAGUAACAUUAUUACAAUGAAUCUUCAUGUACUUGAUGUAAUAAUUUGCGUGGGAUGUAUUCCUCUAACCAUAGUUAUCCUUUUGCUUUCACUGGAGAGUAACACUGCUCUCAUCUGCUGUUUCCAUGAGGCUUGUGUAUCUUUUGCAAGUGUCUCUACAGCAAUCAACGUUUUUGCUAUCACUCUAGACAGAUAUGACAUCUCUGUGAAGCCUGCAAACCGAAUUCUGACAAUGGGCAGAGCUGUAAUGUUAAUGACAUCCAUAUGGAUUUUUUCCUUUUUCUCCUUCCUGAUUCCCUUUAUUGAGGUAAAUUUUUUCAGUCUUCAAAGUGGAAAUAUGUGGGAAAACAAGACACUUUUAUGUGUCAGUACAAAUGAAUACUACACUGAACUGGGAAUGUAUUACCACCUGCUAGUACAGAUCCCAAUAUUCUUCUUCACUGUCAUAGUAAUGUUAAUCACGUACACCAAAAUCCUUCAGGCUCUUAAUAUUCGAAUAGGCACACGAUUUUCAACAGGGCAGAAGAAGAAAGCAAGAAAGAAAAAGACAAUUUCUCUAACCACGCAACAUGAGACUACAGACAUGUCACAAAGCAGUGGUGGGAGAAAUGUAGUCUUUGGUGUAAGAACUUCAGUUUCUGUAAUAAUUGCUCUCCGGCGAGCUGUGAAACGACACCGUGAACGACGAGAAAGACAAAAAAGAGUCUUCAGAAUGUCUUUACUGAUUAUUUCUACAUUUCUUCUCUGCUGGACACCAAUUUCUGUUUUAAAUACCACCAUUUUAUGUUUAGGCCCAAGUGACCUUUUGGUAAAAUUAAGAUUAUGUUUUCUAGUCAUGGCUUAUGGAACAACUAUAUUUCACCCUCUGUUAUAUGCAUUCACUAGACAAAAAUUUCAGAAGGUCUUGAAAAGUAAAAUGAAAAAGCGAGUUGUUUCUAUAGUGGAAGCCGAUCCCCUGCCCAAUAAUGCUGUAAUACAUAACUCAUGGAUAGAUCCCAAAAGAAACAAAAAAAUUACCUUCGAAGAUAGUGAGAUCAGAGAGAAAUGUUUGGUACCUCAGGUUGUCACAGACUAG